AUGCCUCGAGAAGCCGAGCCCUCCCUCAAUGAGAAGGUUUUUGUGACUCAGGCGCUCCAAGAGAACCUGCGGCUGGACGGACGUGCCUUUGACAGCUAUCGACCUAUCGAGCUCUCUUUCGGUCAAGAAUAUGGCAUUGCAGAUGUCAAAUGCGGAAAGACGAGUGUUGUGGCCAAAGUGUCUGCGGAGGUGACCGUUCCCUACGCCGAUCGCCCUUUCGAUGGCGUCUUCAACAUUGUUACCGAGCUUAGCCCCAUGGCUUCUCCAGCUUUCGAGGUUAAUCGGCCCACGGAGACAGAGGUUCUCCUGUCGAGACUACUGGAGAAGACGGUAAGACGGUCCGGCGCGCUCGACACGGAGUCGUUGUGCCUCGUGGCUGGCCACAAAUGCUGGUCAGUACGAGUCGACGUCCACGUGCUCUCGCAUGAUGGCAACUUGAUCGACACGUCUUGCCUUGCCGUCGUGGCUGCGUUGCGGCAUUUCAGAAAACCGGACACGAGCAUCGAGGGCGAAUCGGUUACUGUCUACACUCCCGCGGAGAGGGAGCCGGUGCCCCUGAGUUGGCUGCAUUCACCAUUAUGUAUCACCUUCAGCUUCUUUGGAGACGAGGGAGAGAUCGCCGUCCUCGAUGCAACUUGGUUAGAGGAGCAGGUGCGUGUCGCAAGCUGCACCAUCAGUCUGAACCGGCACGGCGAGAUCUGCCAGAUUGCAAAGCUGGGCGGGGUUCAAGUCGAGGCUGUUGCACUACUGCAGUGCACAAAUACUGCGCUCACCAAAGUAAAAGAGCUCUCAACACUACUAGACGACAAGCUCGCGGAAGACGCAAAGCGACGAGACAAAGGCGGCUUGAUCGCGGAGCUGUCAGCAGAAAACGAUAGAUAA